AUGCGUUUUACAUUGGCAUUAGUGAUCGCUCUUGUCAGCUGCCUGGCCGUUGCUAGAUGCGCUACCACCACUGGCUCAUCAACCACGCCUACAACCGGUUCUUCCACAACUCCAGCGGCAAGCAGUUCCACGACUCCAGCAGCAAGCUCUUCCACGACUCCAGCAGCAAGCUCUUCCACGACUCCAGCAGCAAGCUCUUCAACCAGCCCGUCUACAAGCAGCUCCACCAGUCCAUCUACAAGUCCCUCCACAAGCUCCACAAGUCCUUCCACUAGUUCCUCCACAAGUCCUUCCACCAGCUCCUCAACAAGUCCUUCCUCGACCUCAUCCACAAGUCCUUCCACCAGUACCUCAACAAGCACCAGCACCACAGCCGAAACAACCGAGGAAGAAAGACUUCAACUCCUAGAAAUUCUCGAAAUCCUGAGAGAGAGACGUGCUCGCCAAGCAGCCCUCAGGCGUGAACGUGAAGAAGGCGGCUUCAGGCGUGGCCGCUUAGAAGGUGGCUUAAGGCGUCGACGAUUUGGCCGAGAGAGGUUCGCACGUCGCGGUUGAUUGACCUUUGCAACAAGCUAAGGGCCAAAAUUGC